AUGGCGCCACAACAAACUCAACUAAUGGACCUCGCUCAACUUCAAAAGUACAACACCCCACAAAGGAAAGCUAAAAAACAACUCCCUCAGACAUUAGCGGAGAAGAGACAGAGGCAUUACCGGUCACUAUUAAGUGCGGCGGAGGAAUCGGUGACUCGGAGGCUAAGAGAAAAGGAAGCAGAAGUGGAGAAAGCUUCAAGGAGGAAUAAAGAGUUAGAAGCAAAAGCACCCCAACUGAGUAUGGAAUCUCAUGCGUGGCGACACAGGGCAAAGAUGCAAGAGCAUAUGACGGCGAAUUUCCAGGGUCAGCUUGAACGAGCAAUUACAUCAAGACCACCCACAAAGGAAAGCUGUCUCUAUUGGCCUCUGCUUAACUUUCAGAGAAAACCACCACCAACAACAACAUCAAUCUUUACAUCAUCAACCGCAAAAUUCUUUUUUAAAUUCCCUUCAAUCCUCUGCUCAAACAUCCGUCUUACUGUCUAUUCCGUCUGA